AUGCACCUCACCACCGCCCUCCUUGCGCUCGCGGCCGCCCCGCUCGCGGCCGCGCUCCCCGGCUCAAACACCCCCAAGUCCGUCAAGCCCCAGGACAUCAUCAACUCGCUCGCGGGCACCUACGCGCUCGUCAACACCUCGAGCACCCAAAACAACAUCCCCAUCCCCGACGCCGCCUACGGCACCGCCCCCGUCGGCCUCCUAACCUACACGCGCGCGGGCUACAUGAGCGCGACCAUCACCGCAACCGAACCCCAACUACGCCCGAACCUGACCUUCCCCUUCCAGCCCGCCGACGCAGAAGCCGACUGGGCGCUCGUCGGCAAGCACAGCAUCGGGUACGCGGGGCCGUUCCGGGUGAAUACCGCGCUGCCGGCGAGUAAGACGGAGGGCCAGGUGUUCCAUGGGCCGCUGACGGUGGCGAAUGUGCCGACGUGGGUGGGCACGGAGCAGAGGAGGAAUUAUACGGUUGUUGUUGAGGGGGGGGAGACGUAUCUCAGGAUUGGGAGUGAGCGGGGGGGCGGGUUUAGGGGGGUGCUUUGGUGGAGGAGGAUUGCUGGGGCGGUGUAG